AUGCAAGAACCAGAGCUUCACGAUUUAUCAGACGACGCCGAUUACGCUGCCUCUGUUCAACAAGGAUCGGCGAGUAUGAUGAUGACGAGGAGCGAUAGCGGAAGGAGUACUUCGUCUAGCGUGCCGGAAGGCGCAGAGGUUGUGUAUUUGAAAGAUAACGUGACAAUUCAUCCCACUCAGUAUGCGUCUGAGAGAAUCAGUGGUCGGUUGAAGCUCAUCAAGCAAGGCUCUUCUCUCUUUAUGACGUGGUUUCCGUACAAAGGGCAGAGUACGAAUGCGAGGCUUUCAGAGAGAGGUUGUGGUUCUGAACUGUUAAUUUGGAAUCUCUACACCAUAAGGGCUGUGCCUUUUACGGAUGUGCGGUCCAUUCGUCGACAUACUCCAACACUUGGGUGGCAGUACAUAAUUGUUGUUUUGUCAUCAGGACUCGCAUUUCCUCCACUUUACUUCUACAAUGGAGGAGUCAAAGAGUUACUUGCUACAAUAAAGCAAUAUGUUUUUAUUGUGAGGUCAUUGGAAGAUGCAAAUGUAUUUCUGGUGAAUGAUUUUCAAAAUCCCCUGCAGAGAACUUUUUCAUCUUUAGAAUUGCCUGUUUCUAUUGCAAAUGGGCCAUCUGCAUCUGUUUUAGAUGUUGAUGAAUCUUCUCCUUAUGAACGCCAAGAGGGGAUUGAUGGCAGUAUCCAUGAUAAAGUUCCCAGGCCUUCUCAAAACCUUGGGAGGCAGAAGCAUAAGAGUCACGAUCCUGCUCGAGAUCUCACAAUCCAUGUAUUGGAAAAAUUCUCUCUUGUGACCAAAUUUGCUCGGGACACAAGUUCACAACUAUUUCGUGAAAGUAAUAGCAAUGGCUAUGGUUUUAUCGAGAGGAAAAGUUCUAGCCACUCUCCCCCUGAUGUCCCCCAUAAGGGAUCCAUGGAUGCAGAGAUAACUCCUGAGGAAGGUCCUGUUCCCUCAGAUCCUCUGGAGAAACUCCUAGGUAGGAAACAUGAUCAUGGUGAAGGGCCUGACACCAAUUUUGGAACUUUUGAGCUAAUCGAUUGUAAGGAGUUCGAUAAAAAGGCACUUGUAUGGGGAAAACCACGACAGCCUCCCUUGGGGUCUGAAGAGUGGGAAACUUUCUUGGAUUCUGAAGGGCGAGUCAUGGAUCCAGAAGCCACAAAAAGGAGAAUAUUCUAUGGGGGAGUUGAGCACACAAUGCGCAGAGAGGUCUGGCCUUUUUUGUUGGGAUAUCAUGCUUAUGAUUCAACGUAUGCAGAGAGGGAAUACCUCAAAUCUACGAAAAAGUUAGAGUAUGAGACAGUAAAACAACAAUGGCAGAGUAUUUCUACUGAACAGGCAAAGAGAUUUACAAAAUUUAGGGAAAGGAAGGGCCUUAUUGACAAAGAUGUGGUGAGGACUGAUAGAACGCUGUCUUUCUAUGAUGGUGAUAAUAAUCCAAAUGUGAAUAUGUUACGUGAUAUUCUAUUGACAUACUCCUUUUACAACUUUGAUCUUGGUUACUGUCAGGAUGAAUCUGAAUCAUUUUGGUGUUUUGUGGCACUGAUGGAGCGUCUUGGACCCAAUUUCAAUCGUGACCAAAAUGGCAUGCACUCUCAGCUUUUUGCAUUAUCUAAGUUGGUGGAGUUGCUUGAUAGCCCAUUAGAUAACUAUUUCAAGCAGAAUGAUUGCUUGAAUUACUUCUUUUGUUUCCGCUGGGUUCUCAUACAAUUUAAAAGGGAAUUUGAAUACAAGAAAACAAUGCGGUUGUGGGAGGUGUUGUGGACCCAUCAUUUGUCUGAGCACCUGCACCUCUAUGUAUGUGUUGCAAUCUUGAAACGGUAUCGCAACAAGAUAAUAGGGGAGCACAUGGACUUCGAUACACUCUUGAAAUUCAUAAAUGAGCUGAGUGGCCAUAUCGACCUUGAUGCAAUUCUUAGAGAUGCAGAGGCUCUGUGCAUCUGUGCUGGUGAGAAUGGUGCUGCUCGCAUCCCACCUGGAACUCCACCUUCUUUGCCUAUUGAGAAUGAGAAUGCCUUAUUGUACGCUCAAGAGGAUGAAGUACUGUAA